CAAUUCUUUUUUCUCAACCAAUUCCUCUCCAGCUGAUCAUCAGGUGUUCUCGAGUCCGAUAGCUAACCCAGUAGUCUGAUAGUGAUACUGCGAACUACCCUCUGGUGUCAGGUGUAGCUAUGCGCAGCCUACAGCUAGGCAGUAUCAUGGCAUACCUACUACUGUAUCUGGCUCCAUUGCUGCUGCUGCUGGUGAUGACGGUGAACUGUGGACAGGCUAUGGCCUCACCAACACCAGUGGUGCCGGACGAUGCCGAUUCACCAGCUGCGGUGGUCACUGAAGACACCAACUGCAUGACGGAAUGGCUACUGAUUGCCAACUCCAGUCGUGCAAGAGCUCUCACCAUUCCCAACACACCAGCUGCCAUUCAAGCAAUGUUAGAUGAGAAGGUUGUCAAGCACCAAGAGCAAUUCUUCUUAAGUCUGCUCUUGGGAUACGCUCCGCAGCUUGCAGCAGACCUCAAACACUGCAUCCAGUACUUCAGGGGUUGGCUAUGGGAGGAUUGAUCCUGUGCAGCCCAAACUGAACCGAUAUAUCUGCUAUCUGUGAUCUUUAUAGUCGCCACCUGCUGUUCAGUCAGGGUUGAGAAUCAGAUGCCUUGUUCAUGCGCACUGCGUGGACGUAUCACUAUCAAGUCCUGGCUGGCCAGUUCCUGACACCUGAACUACUAUAGACACCCUACAUGCUCUCACACUCAGUUUGGUGGGUGGUUCCUCAGCACUGAACUGGGACGUACUGCACCAGAUCAGGGUGCUAGAUCCUUGGACUUUGAGAAACUUUGUGUAGGUCAUAGCCUACUCGUUUUGUCCCGUACUCUCUCUCUGUCAGUCUUCUUGUCUUGUUUGCAUCUCUCUGCCUUCUUUCUCGUUUUCGCCGCGCUAUGCUUUUUCUGAGUCACAUCUGGCUGCGGCCAACUACCCUUCACUUUGUGUGUUGUCGCUAUUGCUGUCUAUGUCUCUGUGUAUGCCAGUAUAUGUGGAGCGAGAAGUUGUAUUUCUCGCCGGCCGAGCGCAGCGAGAUAGGCGAGAAAUGAGUUCUCGCGAAAUAUUUUCAGUUGCAAAUAUGGCAUCUGGUGUGUUCUUUGUUGUCGCUUCUUUUCCUGACUUCUUCAGUCAGUUUUGAGUCUCACCAGUGUCCCUGCCCUCCCACCCUUUAUUUCUGUGCAUAUUAUCAAUGCUUUUUAUCACUGUUUGCCGUGAUGUGCUUGCCAGGCCUACAUGAUGCCUAAUCGCCAUUGGGGAUAUACACCCGGUUUUUUCCCUCACAAAUGCGUCCGUCGGCGCGAGGGUUUUUUCCCGGCUGGCUCGGUCCAGGAAAAUUAAUCUGACGGUCCCAAGUGGUUCUGCAUCAUGGCCUAUUUCUGCUAUCCACUGGCACGACUAUUCUAUCUGAGACACUCUGUUCUCAGUCCUUGCUUGCUUCCAUACCUCACUCGUUAUCCGGUUCACAUCUGGCUGCGGCCAACUACCCUUCA